AUGAAGGUACUAAUAUUAUUGGCACAUCCAGAAAAGGCUUCCCUGACUGCCUCUUUGGCUAGGGUGGCCAAAGAUCAGUUUGAGAAACAAGGUGACGAAAUACAGCUUACAGAUCUUUAUGCUCAGAAUUGGAAAAGUGCUAUAGAUAUAGAUGAUUUCCCACAUUACGAUAAAUCUGAAAAAUUCAAUGUUAUUUUGGGAUCUAAGCAGGCAUAUGAAGAGAAUGCAUAUUCAGAGGACGUUAAAAAAGAACAUGAAAAAUUAUUCUGGGCAGAUGCCUUGGUCUUUGUGUUCCCCUUCUGGUGGUUUUCGAUGCCAGCAAUUUUGAGAGGAUGGGUUGAACGUGUUUUCUCAUAUGGGAUCGGAUAUGGUAGAUAUGAUGAUGAUAAGAAACAUGUUCGCUAUGGUGAUGGGUUGUUCAAAGGCAAACGUGCUAUGCUGAUUACUGGAAUUGGUGGUAAGGGGAAUACAUAUAGUGGUAGAAGUGUCAGUGGACCAAUUGAAGAUUUAUUAUUCCCCAUAAACCAUGGUAUUUUCUUCUAUGCUGGUUAUCAGGCAUUACCGCCAUUCGUUGUAUUUGAUAGUAAUUUUGUCGAUGAGAACAGAUUCAAAGCGAUUGAAUCCAGCUUGAGAGAAAGAAUUGCAACCUUCGAAAGUACCAAACCAAUUGCUUAUAGAUCUCAGAAUGGUGGUGAUUAUACCAUUCCUCAAUUGCAACUCAAAGAAGAGCUCGCUCCAGGUAAAGAAGGUUUUAAAAUUCAUAUUUUAGAUUAG